ACAACUGUUGAAUUGCCUUUUCAUUUUCUUCACUUUCUUACUUUGCUUUUGAAACACAGUUCUUGAAUUCGAUCAGUCUUUCAGUGGCAUACAAAUACUUUUGAUUCUAAUAAUUUGAAAUAGUAACCAUGGGUGACGCGGCUAUUUCGGCCCUUGUGGCGGAUGUGUUGGGGAAACUAACUUCUGAACUUAUCAAAGAGUUUGAUCUACUUUGGGGGUUUAAGAAUGAUGUAUUGAGUCUCAAGGAAGAUUUCGACCAGAUCCAAGCUGUUCUUCAAGAUGCAGAAGAGAAACACAGCAAAGAAGAGGCUGUAAAGUUAUGGCUUCGGCGCCUCAGAUCUGCAUCUUUGGAGGUAGAAAAUGUGUUGGACGAGAUCUCGACUGAAGCUUUGCUACAACGUCUACACAAACAAAGAGGCAUCAAAUACAGGGUAAGAGCCUUCUUUUCCUCCGAUCAUAAUCAAUUUGUGUUCCGUGCUAGGAUUGCUCACAAAGUUAAAGCAAUGCGAAGAAAACUGGAUGCAAUUGCAUCCAAGAGAUUUGAGUUGAAGUUGACCCCUUCAAGUGACAUAAGUCAUGUGGGUGCUGAUGUUGUAGGUGAGAUGCCAAGUAGGGAAACCAGCUCGCUUAUACAUGAUUCUUCGACCAUCUUUGGAAGAGAUAAAGAGAUCGAAAAGGUAAUUGAAACGAUAUGUGACAAAGAUAUAGGGAAACCUGAAAAUGGUGAGAUUCGGGUGUAUGGUAUAUGGGGUAUGGGAGGUGUAGGAAAGACUACUCUAGCUCAAUUAGUCUAUAAUCAUGAAAGGGUGAAUCAAUAUUUUGAGUUAAAAUGUUGGGUGUAUGUCUCUGAAAAAUUUCAAGUUCAAGAUAUAAUAAAAGGAAUAAUUGAAUCUAUAAAUGAAUGUGAGUGUAAACUUACACGUCUAGAUGUGUUGCAAAAGUCCCUCCAAAACAAGUUAAGGGGAAAGAAAUUUAUAGUUGUCCUAGAUGAUGUUUGGAUCGAAGACAAUGAAAAGGCAAAGUGGGAUGAGUUAAGUAAGACAUUAAGUUGUGGGGCAGAAGAAAGUAUUGUUGUGAUGACAACACGAUCCCAGACAACUAGCCGAAUGAUGGCUAAGGUUCUUACAUUACAACAUGAAGUUGGAUGUUUAUCAGAAGGGGACUCAUGGUUAUUAUUCAAGAAGCUUGCAUUUGCACAAGGAAGAAUGGGGGAUGAUAUGAGUCAGCUGGAGCCUAUUGGAAGGGAGAUAGUAAAUAAAUGUAAAGGAUUGCCUUUGGCAGUAAAGACUUUAGGUACCUUAAUGUGGUCAAAAAGAAGUGCAAGCGAAUGGCAACUUAUGAAAGACAAUAACAUAUGGGAGUUGGAAAAAACUAAAGUUUUGCCUGCUAUUUUGAAGUUUAGCUAUGAUAACUUGCCUCCACAUCUAAAGAGAUGUUUUGCUUAUUGUUCUAUGUUUCCCAAAGGCUAUAUACUGACGAAGGACGCACUGAUACGGUUGUGGGUGUCAAAUGGUUUUAUUCCACCCAAAGGAGAAAUAAACUUGUAUGUGCUUGGAGAAGAAGUUUUUAAUUGUUUGGUUUGGAGGUCCUUCUUCAUUGUUAAGGAAGACGACUUCGAGGAAGAUUUAUACCUAAUACAUGAUCUAAUGCAUGACAUGGCACAACAUGUGAUGGGGGAUGAUUGUUUAGCUAUAGAGUCUGGUAAGGAGGUUAUCAUCCCAAAUGAGGUGCUUCAUUUGACCUCGUCAUGUCCAGGUUCUCUCUUUUGUCCUCAUGAUUUAAAAAAGUUAACAUCAUUAAGGUCAAUAUUCUUGUAUGGAAAGAUAAAUGAAGGUAGCAUUAAACAAAUCUUCAACCACGUUUAUGUGAGGGUAUUAUACUUGGCUGGUAUUCAGUUAAAGACAUUGCCCGAAUCAAUUUGCAAACUCAAACACUUGAAAUAUUUGAAUUUGUCACGCUCAAGUAUACAAGUUCUACAUGAGUCGAUUAUUUAUCUCCAAAACUUGCAAGUCUUGCUUUUGUAUCGUUGUAAGUUCCUGCAUAAGUUGCCUAAAGGCUUAAGAUACAUGAGAAAUCUUGAACAUUUAGGAACCAAUCGUUGUUACUCACUUUUGCAUAUGCCAUUAGGAAUCAAAGAACUAACCAACCUCCAAAUACUUCCAUAUUUUCCUGUUUGUAACAAGAGUGGGGCUAACAUAGGCGAAUUGGGGAAUCUAAAUCUUCUUAAGGGGGAGUUAAAGAUAUCACAAAUUGAGAACGUUGGAAGUUUAAGUGAGGUCAAGAAUGCCAAUCUCAAAUGCAAAAAAGAUUUGUCGGUUUUAGAGUUAUGUUGGUCGAUACUUUCUAAAAGAGAAAGUAAACAGGAAAUGUGCGCAUACGAUGAAAAGGUUCUCGAGGGACUAGAACCAAAUCCGGGUCUCAAGGAAUUGAAAAUAUUUAAUUACAUGGGAAAGGCUAUUUCUCCAAGUUGGAUCGUCAAUUUAAGGAAUGUAGUAGAAAUUGUAUUUUGUGGGUGUAAGAAUUGUGAGCAUAUUCAACUACUUGGAAGACUACCCAAUCUUAGGGUCAUUAAGUUGGAGUACAUGGCUUCUUUGAAAUGUUUCCAUGAUGACGACAAAAACAUGAUAGGAGACACCAAUAUGUUUCUUAGUUUGCAAGAAUUGCACAUUUCCAAGUGUCCGAAUUUGGUCUCCUUGCCAAGUAACCUUCCAAAACUCAAGAUUUUAACAUUACGUAAUUGCAAUGGGUUAGCUUCUCUACCAGAUGAGAUUCAAAGUUUCAAGGAUCUGAAGGAACUUGUGAUAGAAAGAUGUAAACAUCUCUGUAUAGGAUGUGAAAAAGAUAUAGGUGUAGAAUGGCCUAAAAUUUCUCACAUUCCCAAUAUCAGUAUUAAUCCUUCAAGGCCCAUUGAGGAUGGAGAUGGGGAUGACGAUGACGAAGACGAAGAGGAAGACGAAGAAGAAGAAGAAGAAGACGAAGACAUAGACCUAGACCUAAACGAAGAUGAAGACAAGGAUGAUGAGAUUUGUAGAAUGUAUGCUUUGUAAAUUUUGAUAGAUCUUAAUUGUGUAAAAAGUUCCAAACUGAAGUAUUUUGAUGGGUCCAUCGAAUCAAAUUCUUAACCGGAUAAAUCA